AGCCCUUUCCUCGCUGCGUGAGGCUGAGGCGGGGACUGGGCGUUCUCCCUGGGGCCGCCCACCGUUUCUCCUGGGCUCGGAAGGCGGGAAGCGGCUCUACCUCUCUGCGCGCCCAGCUCCGAACUUCCUGAAGUGCCGCAGGGGGCCCUGAGAGAGGGGCAAACUUUCCCUGGCGCGUCGCGGCCUCAGGAGCAGCAGCACGAGCCCGCCGGCUCCCCCAGCGAUGGGCCUCCUCGACAUCUUUGGCCUGGCUCUGGCUACCGCUCUGGCGCUCUGGGCGCUCUGGGCGCUGCGCCGGAGGAGAAGGAGAACAGGAGAGCCUCCAUUAGUCAACGGCUGGAUUCCUUUCUUGGGAAAGGCCUUGGAUUUCCGAAAAGAUCCUUCCAAGUUUUUGCUGUCUUUGCAACAAAAAUAUGGUGAUAUUUUUACAGUGCAUAUUGCUGGCAGAUAUAUUACGUUUAUAAUGAAUCCACUGCUAUAUGGUUUUGUGACCAAAAACAGCAAGUAUUUGGAAUUUAAAGAAUUUGCUGAUUCCUUGGCAUCUCGAACAUUUGACUAUCCAUCUGUAUUAAAAGAGGAUUUCCCAGACCUAAAUGAAAAUGUGCAUAGGAAUUACCAGUACCUUUUAGGCAAACCAUUGGAUACACUCUCUGACAACAUGAUGACAAACCUUCAAUGGAUAUUUAAAAGGCAGUUCUCUCAAACAACAGACUGGAAAGUGGGAAAACUAUACAAGUUCUGCUGCUCUGUAAUGUUCGAAGCCAGUUUUAUAACACUGUAUGGAAGAGAUCCUAGUGCAGAUGGCCACAAUGUUAUUGGUGCCAUUGAAGAAAAUUUUAUCAAGUUUGAUGCCAACUUUUCCUAUUUAGCUGCAAAUAUUCCAAUUGAACUGUUAGGAGCCACCAAGAGGAUCCGGAAGGAACUCAUCCAUGUUUUUUUACCUACCAGCACUGCAAAAUGGUUGGGAGUUUCUGAACUGAUUGAAGCCAGAAAAGAGGUGUUUGAGAGAUACGAGGUGCUCAGUGAUUAUGACAAAGCAGCACAUCAUUUUGCCUUCAUGUGGGCCUCUGUGGGAAACACGAUUCCAGCUACAUUCUGGGCUGUGUAUUAUCUUUUGCGGCACCCAGAAGCUCUUGCAGUGGUGCGUGACGAAAUUGACCAUUUGCUGCAGUCAACAGGUCAAGAGAGAAGACCUGGAUGCAAUAUCCGACUCACCAGAGAACAAUUGGACAGCCUGGUCUACCUAGAAAGUGCUAUAAACGAGAGUUUACGAAUGUGCUCAGUUUCCAUGAACAUCCGCAUCGCCCAGGAAGAUUUUAUUUUCAAGCUUGAAGGAAAUCAGGAAGUCAGCUUGAGAAAAGGUGACUGGGUAGCAAUUUAUCCUCCUGUUCUUCACAUGGACCCGGAGGUCUAUGAAGAUCCUAAGGAAUACAAAGUUGACCGUUAUGUAGAAAAUGGCAAGAAGAGGACAACCUUCCAAAAACAGGGAAAGAAGCUGAAAUACUUUUUAAUGCCAUUUGGAUCUGGAAGCAGCAAGUGUCCUGGCAGGUUCUUUGCAGUGAAUGAAAUGAAGCUGUUUGUUAUUUUACUUUUGGUUUAUUUUGAUGUGGAAAUAAGAGAAGAGAAGCAAAUAGGAGUGGAGAAAAAUAGACUGGGACUUGGUAUUGCUUUACCAGACUCUGAUAUUUCUUUUUCUUACAAGCUAAGGCCUUAAAACACUAAUUCAUCUGUUAACAUUACAAAUUUUCUAUUCUGAUAUGUUCUGUAUUCUUUGAAAUACAAUACGGCAUUUAUCUUUCUGGUAUCUUUAGAGAUAAAGUUUGUCACGAAAGUUUAGGAAUAAAGUGUUAAAAAUAAAAUUUCUCACUUCUGUUGAAGUUAAAUAUUGAGUGAUACCACAGACACCAGUAUAUUUGCAGAGCAGGUCAUACGUGCACAAAACCUUCUUAUACUGUAUUGUGUCUUUGCGUACUAUAUAAUCCAAAGAUUUGGGAUUCUAGCCCCCUUCAGAAGCUUAUUGACUUGCUUAUGGGGACAUGCCAUUAAAGCGGAAGUCUUUCUAGGAAGUAAGUCUUAUUGAAAGCAGUGGGUCUUAAUUAAGAUUAUGCUGAAGGAAGGAAAGGUGAACUAAUCAGUUAGUAGAGGGGAAGACCAACACACAAUUUAAGCAUUUUAAUUGGGUAUUAAUAAAAUGUGUGGCCUGAGAUAACCAAUUGCAUUCCUGAGAAUGCUUUUCAUUAAAGACUGUGAUUUUCUUGGUCUUGUCUCAUUCUUACAGGGCAAACUGGUGGUGGGUUUUGUCAGUCUCAUUUCUAAUUGAUCAUAAUCUGGGUUAAUUUAGCUAAUCUGUUAAGAGUGUGAUGGCUCAUCCCCUGAUGCAGGAGUUAAAAUUAAAGGACCAUCCUGUCCUACUGUUCUAAUUUUAUAUCUAACCAAUGUUUAUUUUCUUUUUUUAAAAAAAAGAGGUGCCAGUACUCAUGAUGUUCACCAUCUUGGGGGUCUGAGCCCACUGGGGCAAAGAAGGUGCCGGUUUUGUGAAAAAAGCCCAGUUUCUAACUUUCUAUCAUAGUGUGUCCUUUCAUCAUAUGGUAAGAUAAAGCCUAGUCUGAUUUAAUUGAAGGUUAAAGGAGCUGUUGAAUGUUAGUGUGAUGUAUCCUAUAUGAAAAACUGAAGUAUUAUGAAAGACUUACCUUAUUGUCAUUCCAAGUGCCAUAAAUGUUAAGGGCUACUAUUCAGCCUAAUAUAUGAAAUAUGUCAUAGGAAGUCUUUCCUUUAAUCCCUCAGACAUACUUAAAUUAAACACACAAUUUUCUAUUGUUAAACUUUAUUCUAUUUGAACUUAAUCCUAUGAAUUAUAGGUGUAAAACACCCAUGAACAUGGGUCUUUCCCACCUCACCUUUUCCCCAGCAACCAUAGUUCUCUGAAGAGAUGAUGCUGGAAGUCACAGUACCCAUGAAGACAAAAAAGCCCACACCCAGAGAAAUUGCAGUGAAGAGGGGACCAGGCUAUAUCAUCCCCAUUUUAUCCUUGCACCACUUAAGACCCCUGUGCUAACGGAUGCAUUGCUUUUGGAAGAGGAAUACCAGGGUGAUGAUUGCCUUGUUCUCACUCCACACUGAAGUCCUCCUUCCAUGUGGCUCUCAUCACAGAGAUCUGGAAACCUCCCAACACCAGAGGUGGCAUGGACUUCCUAGAGAAAGGGGGGAGGGCAGGAAUGUACCCACAAGAACCAUGCACUUCUACUUCAUAAUACAUACUACUUCAUAGUAUUACUACAUCCAAUCUAAGUUUGUUUUUUUAAUAAUAUCAUAUUUUCCCCUAAUAAUUAUUAGUCCCAUUUUUAUCCUGCUUUUUCUCUAAGCAAUGGACAUCCGGUACAUUUUAUCUUCACAAUUAUGCACUGGUUCAGUUGAGACAGAGGUAGUAGCCCAGGGCCACGCAGUGAGUUUUCUGGAGAUUUGAACCUGAAUCACUCUCACCCACCACAAACUUCGAUUUCUCUCACCCUAUUAGUUCUCAACUAGACAAUGACAAAAUCACGAGGGCAAAUAUUUUGGAAGGGACAAAAUUUGACAUCCCAAUCAACUUUUGUCUGUAUUGAGUACUAAUUUUACAAAGAACAAUAGAUAGUAGAAUAAAAGGUGAUGAUUUGGUGAUGUUCAAUCCAAGCUGUUUUGUCAGUGCAAAAUCCCACACACCUCCAGAUUCUCUCUCUAUAUAUCAUCAGUGCCUCUAAAACUAGGCCCACCAAAAUCAUUGAAGUUGGUUGUUGGGAGGAGAAAAACAUGAGUAGCCCAGCCAUCCUGCCCAGACAAAGGUGGGAAUUUGCAGCAAUACUCAUUUCUCCAAUGGUAGGUUUUCUAGCUGAUGCAAUCAAAGGAAGUUAGUUUUCUUACAUCUGUGAUUUCCCAUUGCAUUUCUAUUAGUGUGUUUCAGGACUUUUGUAACUGCUUGUUCAGCCAUGGGGGGGGGGGGUGCUAUUCCAAGGAACAACCAUUAGUCAGACAAAACUGUUUUCUUGGUAAGUAUCUUUAGACCAUUUUUUCAAUGUCUUCUUUCAGAGAACAAAUAUGUCAUUUUUGUUAUGUAAAUAUGUUCUCACUGUAAUAUUACAAAUGCCUUCUGUGCUGGGCCAUAUUUCUGCAGAAUUGUCUUUGUGAAUGAUGAAUUGUCUUGACCACUUAAUAUGCUGAUCCACAAAAUGAGACCCAGCGUGUUGUAAUACCUAAAGUGAUGGGCUAGGAUCUAGGCAACCCAGGUUCAAUUCCCCACUUCCUCAUGGAAGCUUUUUGGGCAAGUCACACACUCUUAGCCUAACCUGCCUCAAUGGACAGUUGUGAGGGGGGGGGGAAGGAGGAGAGGAAAAUGAUAUAAGCCACUUUGAAUCCCCAUUGAGAAAAAAGGCAGGAUAUAAAUGAAGUAAAAUAAAUAAAUGCUGGUCCAUAUGGUCUGUGGACUAGCAUAAGUCUGCAGCAUGCUCUCAGGUACAAAAUGAUUACAAUAGCAGCAGAGAAAAAGAAGCUGAAUGUCCUUUUCCAUGUCUCCAUUGACAAAUACUGAAUUAAUAUUUGAUUCCAAACAAAGUGAUUUCACUAUGCGAGUCUAGCAAUACCUGUCUUCUAUCAGGCAAUCCCUUUCUUCUCACCCAUUAGCAUCCAGGAGUUGGACUUAAUGUGAAAACAUCUCCGGUAGCUCCCCUAUGAUGGCUGUAGUAUUAGAAAAUGAGGGUGAUUUGCUGAAGGUUGGUUUACUGAAUAAUGCAUUGGUAUUGAUAUUCCUAUAUUUGAUAUUCCUGUACUUGAAAAAAAAUCAUGCUUUGUGUUUUAUGCAACAUUUGUGUUAAUAUUAGGUACAGAUAACAUAGUAUGGCUGUGAACAAAUAUGAGAUACUAUAUAUAUGAGAUACUAUAUAACUCACAACUUCAGUUUGUAGAUUACUCUCUGUUUUAUAGAGCAAGAGGAAAUGUUGAUAUCAUUAUCUUGCUGACUAUAGACAUUAUUGUAUAAAUGUAAACUGUAAAAUGUCUUCUGCUACAGUUAUAAUGAAUCCUCCUCCUGUAUUUUGACUCACACUAUGCUUUCAGAAGUUUGAAAUUUAAAUAUCAUGUUUUGGAGAAUAAUAUGCUAGGAUGUAUCAGCACUCUGUCAAAGCUAAAUGCAAACCAUACAUCAGAUUAAUCACUGAUCAGUUGCUGCAGUGUCUCUGUGGAAACCAAUAGCAUAACACUUUUAAAUGUUCUGAUGAAGUCUGUGGAAGAGAUCUUCAAAAGCACAAUUACAUGCUAGGAACCCAGCUGCCAUUCAAAUCCCCCUUUGCACACUGAGACAGACUGAAGUGUUAGACAGAGUUCAAGCUGCAGAAUAGACAUUUAGGGUUAUAAAAUACCAGCAACAAAGGCCAUUGUGGGGAAAAAUACAACGGGCUCUAGAAAGGGGAGGGCGGGCAGGUGGGCAUUCCCUCCUACAUCACUGAUCCCAGCCGGAUGAAAGUAGGGGUAGGGCUGGCCUGACCACCUCUGCACCUGAUUCAGGCUGAGUGAAGGGGGUGGGUGGGCAUUGCCACCUGCUCUGCGCCUGAUCUCAGAUAGUUGAAUGGGGGGGGCAUUGCCACCUGCUCCACUCCUGAUCCCAUUUGGGUGAAUGUGGGGGGGGCAUUGCCACCUGUUUUGCUCCUGAUCCAAGCUGGGUGAAGAAGGUAUGGGUAUUUCCACCUGCUCUGCACCUGAUCCCAACUGAGUGAAUGGGGGGGGGGGCAGGCAUUGCCUCCUGCUCCGCACCUGAUGCUGGCUGGGUGAAGGAGGGUUGGACAUUGCCACCUGCUCCCCUCCUGAUCCCAGCUGGGUAAAGGGCAGACAGGCAUUGCUAUCUGCUCUUCUCCUGAUCCCAGUUGAGUAAAGGUGGGGGGGGUGGGCAUUGCCACUUGUUCCACUCCUGAUCCCAGCUGAGUGAAGGCGGGGGAUGGGCAUUGCCACCUGCUUUGCACCUGAUCCCAGCUAGGUGAAGUCAGAGGUCAGGCAUUGCCACCUGCUCCACUUCUAAGCCCAGCUGGGUGAAGGCAGGGGACGAGCAUUGCCCCUUCUGUGCUCCUGAUCCCAGCUGGGUGAAGGCAGGGGACGAGCAUUGCCCCUUCUCUGCUCCUGAUCCCAGCUGGGUGAGGACAGGGUGCAGGCAUUGCCACCUGCUCUGCUCCUGAUCCCAGCUGGGUGAAGGCGGAGGGCAGGUAUUGCUGCCUGCUCCACGCCUGAUUUCAGCUUGGGCUUCCCACUGCUGCAUGCUCUCUGGAGGUCUGGCUGCCUCAUCUGGGCUUCCCUCCACAGAAGCACCCUCUGGAAGCGCACCAGGGUAGGAUGUUUGUCUUGAAUAUGCAUAGCCUUUUACAUAGUAGAAUAUCUUGUGAGAUUGUUUACAACAGAUUGUUUUUCAAACUUUUAUACCAACUCAUGAACUAUUAAUUAACGGCAGUUAUCUCAGCAGCUCAGUCUCCGUAACAAGAUUGCCUGGACAAGAUUUUUGUUUUCUUAUAAUGUUCAGUGCCAGGCAUGUAAUAGCAAGGCCACUUCAGAGGAUAACAGGUAAAAUAACACAGCCUUUUAGUGGUAGGAGACAAGUGGAAAGAGGUCUACUGUGCUUCCUCUUCCUGUUAUCAACUUAAAGCUAUAAGGACACACUCCAGGUGAACAUUUCCUUACAAUGAAAGUACAUAAUGGAACUAUAUAUUAAUUAACUUAUCCUUAAGUCACAGGAACCAAAAGGCUGAUUUCUAAGAUUGGGGCAAAAAAAUGGCUAUGAGAAAAAGUUGUUUUCACGCUCUGCUCCCAACAUAUCUGAAGUGGAAAAGAUCUCUAAAUCUUGUGAACAAAAUGGAAUAUAAAACAUUUAUUUUGUAAUUAACUAUUCUGAUGUUUUAAAACUGACAUUUAUGAACACUGACCUGGCUGAUUCUGCACAUGUUGGAUAAUGCACUUCCAAUCCUCUUUAGAGAUCAUUUGGAACUGAAUUUUUCGUGUGUGAAACAAAAAAUCCACUUCCAAACGAUUGCUAAAGUGCAUUGAAAGUGCAUUAUCCAACAUGUGCAGAAUCAGCCCAGGAUAGCUCAGUCGUGUCCAAACAAGAAAGAACAGGGCUUUAUGCAAAAGUAGGCAAUGGCAAACCAAUUCUGUUAGUCUUUUGCCUUGAAAAUCCCAGCAGGGAUCACUAUGAUUCAGCUAUGACUUGAUGGCACUUUCCACCACUCAAAUGUUUCUCAUGAAGAAAAUUAAAGCUUCAUUGUUUGACAGAGCUUGUUUGAUAUUUCAGAAGCAAUACUAUAUAAUGUUUAUUUUCAAAAAUAUCUUCCUUCUGCUGGGCUUCCAAUAUUGGUUUAUUUUUUAAAAGCAUUCUUUCCUAUGUGUGAAUUUCUCUGGAUGAAAAAUUAAAGACGUUUUUG